GACUCACGUGGGAUAUCGUGGGAGAGGCAGCUGGGCUGGACCGACACGGACGGGAUAUCGAGGUACCGGAUGAUGACACGUGGACGGUGCAUAACCUCACUCUCUCUCCUUCCGGCCUCUAUAAAUGGUAGGCCUAUUCCAUGGCAGAGGACAGAGAGAAGAAGAGAAGUAGCUGGUUUAAGAGAAACCUGAUCAGGAGUUGUCUGUUAAUCUUCGUUCCAUUUUGUGAGUGAAGAAAAUGUCUUGCUGCGGAGGGAACUGCGGGUGCGGAUCUGGCUGCAAGUGUGGCACCGGAUGCGGAGGGUGCAAGAUGUACCCUGACAUGGCUGAGGAAAGGAGCACCACCACUCAAACCAUGAUCAUGGGGGUUGCACCCCAGAAGGGGCACUUUGAAGGGUUCGAGGUGACUGCUGGAUCCGAGAAUGGUGGCUGCAAAUGUGGGUCCAACUGCACCUGCGAUCCCUGCAACUGUAAAUGAGACGCAAAAGCCUCGAAAGAGAGAGAGAGAGGAAGGGAAUGAACACUGCUGUUUGUUUCUAGUUCUAUGUUGUUGUCUGUAGUUUGUGUCCGGACUUGGAAUAGAGUCUUAGAGCUAAAAAUAAGCGGCCAUGGCUCUGAGUAACCCUCCUUCGGUGGGAGUUGGUACUGCCAUGGCCGAGAAAGAAGAGACCUCUCUCUUGUCUGCUUGUUUAGCUGUGCGUCCUGUGGCUGUGAGUAGGUGUCCUGCUAUCUGUGGUGUGUCGCUUUUUACCAUGUGAAAAACUGAAGACAGCUUUUUAGUAAAAGUAAGAAGCCUUAUCCUCUGCGGCUAACGGGGA